AUGGCUUUAUUUACUAUAUUUUCAAUGAUAGUUGCUGUCUUGACAAUAUGCCUGUAUCAUGUCUAUCCACACAAAGACCCUUUGCUUGGACUGGAUUUUUUCUUCAAGUACAUGAGCGCAUUCAAAUCCGGAACUUUCUUGGACUUCAAUAAGACCAUGUACGACACGUACGGCAAAACAUUCAAAGCCAACUCGUUCGGAACUACACUAAUCAGGACCAUCGACCCGCAAGUCUCCAAAGCUGUUCAUGCAACCUACUUUCAAAAUUUCGGUUUGCAGGGUCUGAGAUAUGAGACGGCUAAGCAUUUAUGGGGAAAUGGAAUAAUCGUUGUAGAUGGUCCGCACUGGCAGCAUGGCAGAAGCUUGAUUCGAUCCUCGUUCGAUAUUGUCCAUAUCGCGAACUUUGCGCGAUUGGAAAAACACGUGCAGCGUAUGAUGGAGUUGCUGCCAACUGACGGCUCUACCAUUGAUCUUAUGCCUUUGUUCAAAAGAUUGAUACUAGACACCUCAAGCGAGUUCAUAUUUGGGGAGUCGAUGGGUGCUUUAUCCGAGACCACCGACUACAAGCGCUUCAUGGAUGCUUUUGAGCGCGCGCAACGAGGGACCGGAAUUCGCGCUAUCCUGGGUCGAUUCAAAUUUCUCCAUCGGGAUAGAACUUGGUGGAAUGCUUGUCAAGAGGUAACUGACUAUGCCGACACGCAUGUAGAGGCCGCCCUUUUGCGUCAGAAAACUAUUACGAAUAAAGAUGGUACCACAGAUCAAAGUGCCCCAUUACGUCUAGUAGAUGAGAUGGCAAAAGAUACUCAGGAUAAGGUCACCCUCCGGUCCCACAUCAUCAGCGUCUUUAGCCCUGCGCACGAUGGCGCGGCGGUGACACUGACAAAUGCGAUGUUUCAUCUUGCCAGAAAUCCAACAGCAUGGGAACCGCAUCGUCUCACGACCAUUGCGACUAUCAAUCAGCGACAAUGCACUCAGUCCACCGUGUUGCCAUGUGGAGGAGGAAUUGAAGGAAAGGAUCCCUUAUAUGUGCAGAAAGGCGAUAUUGUUGAGAUCAACUAUCGCGCCAUGUGCCGUGAUGAAAUAUUCUGGGGUGACAACGCAGACCAGUUUAUGCCUGAAAGAUGGGAAACGAUACGGCCUGGCUGGGAGUACACUCCAUUUGGCGGCGGGCCGCGGUCAUGUCCAGGCAUGAGGUUGGUCUACACAGAGAGCGCUUAUGUUCUCGUUUCGCUUUUGAGGGCAUAUGACCGUAUUGAGAAUCGUGAUCUCGAAUUGCGUUGGGUUGAGGAAAUGCGUAUGACUGCACAGAGCAAGAACGGAUGUCUUGUAGGGCUGAUCAGGGAUGUCCGCAGGUAG